AUGGCUCCCUCAAUCCUCUCCCCCAUCACAUCUACCAUGGACGGAAUCUUUCGUCAGAAGCGUAUCUCGAAUUCUCGCCGCGUUUCAGGACUGCAAGAUGGAGAAAGCGUCACCUCAGGUGUGGCACGCUCUGUCCACUCCCCCCGCGUCACGUCGAGAAGGUUCAACUCAAUGGGAACAACAAACAUUUCGAGUGUUGUGACUUCUCUUCAGCGUCGUAGCGGUGAAGAGCUAGGAACAAACACAUCCUCCCGGCUUCUGACUGCAACUCAUGCUUCAAUCCUCGAGUGGAUCCGUUCUGAGCGUAUGAGCUUGUUGCCACCUGAGGGAAGUGAUUACGAUAAGGUGCUGGCCUGGGCUCAGCUUUUCAUUGAUCGACUACAUUCCUUUGACAUGGCGAUUGAACAAUUUGCCGGAGACAGCUAUCUUGCAGCGCAAUUAUCAUAUGGUUAUUGCGCAAUGCUUCUCGAGCUUGGCCGAGAGAACGCUGCUGCAUUGAUGCUCUCCUUUGGCUUCUUCUACAGCAUCUCCAUGACUCUAGUAAACCUCCUAGAGCGGACGGAGCUCUUUGGUGUCUCCCAAGACAUCCAGGAGCAGCUCAUCCUCGCUCUAGCGGACCUCGUCACUCUCGUCGCAAGCGUUUCGACCCACUUCCACAAGGCGAUUCUGUCAGAAGUAAAAGCCAUUAGAGCCUGGUUGGCCCCAGAGGACCGCGUGGUUGAAAGUAUCGCUGACCACAAUUCCCAUCUGGCACAUGAUCGCGAGGAACUCACAUGUCUUUGGCUGGGCCCGUACCUGACCCGUUUUUUGAAGACGCAACAGAGGCAUCUCAGCAUUACUGGCCAGCCAGGAUCUGGCAAGACCGUUCUUGCUUCUGUCAUCGUGGAUCAUCUGCAACAUCCACACGGUGGCGUAUCCUACCAGGCUCUGCACGUUCCCAUCAAUGGCCGGAUUGCUGUGCAAACAAGCUCCUUAGCGAUUGCAAAGACAAUACUUUCUCAGUUCUUUGAGAAGCGUAUCGGGAAUGUGCAGCUGUUCCGUAUCUUGAGCGAUGCUCUGCAUCGAAGCAAGGUCACUGCUGAUUAUGAAACCUAUGAUAACCUCCUCUGGGACACUGUGGAACAAGCGCUCGCUUCCGCUCUAAAGGGGGCGAAGGGAUUGGUCUUGGUUGUAGACGGUGUAGAUGAGGCAACCUGUGGGGAGGAACAGUUGCUGCAGAGGCUGAUUCGGGCAUCCACACAAUCUUCCAACGUCAGGCUCAUCACACUGGGCUCCCGCAACCCUCCAGAGGCUCCAGGGCAAGCUCGAGUUCGUAUCACUGAAGACAUCAUCUUUGAGGACAUCUCCGCCGUCGUACGUGGCUGCUUUGGGAAUAGCCAGGCUUUCAAGGGCCUGUCAGCCAUAGAACAAGAAACUGUUGUGGAGCGAAUCACAGCGGCGUCAAAGGGUUCGUUCCUUAUAGCCAAGCUCAUCACGAAACGUGUCCGUCGAGAGCAGAGCACGGAAAGCCUGCGAAAAUCAGUUGACAGCCUGAUCUCGGCCAAACCAGCUGUCACCGAUUUCGUUCUCCAUUCUCUGCAACAAGCCGAGGCCACUACCGAAGCCAAGCUCAUGCUGCUCUGGCUUGCUACGGUCGAGCGUCCCUUGCAUGUGCAGGAACUGUCUGCUCUCGCUUCCAUUCAGACAGAGAAACAAACGAUCUCUGAUACGCGCGUCGACAUAUUGCACGCUCUGAAGCCGUUCAAUUCGCUCGUGUUUCUUCAGUAUGACUAUGUGUCCCUCCGUCACGGCCUUAUCCGCAGCGCAGUUGUGGAGAUUUUCACCCAAGGCAAGCUGGUACCAUCUCUCAAGGAUCGCCACAGCGACCUUCUCGCCAGGCUCCUGGUAUAUAUCAAGACCACAAUUACUGAACAGCACGAGCCGUCGUCCGUGCCAUCUCUGGACCACCAGGAGACGAAUAUGCUCUUAGGAAAGUACCCACUCCUUGAGUUUUCCCUCCGCUACUGGGUUUCGGUCUUCCGUCAAACGACAGUGUUCACCAAGGACGGUGAGCCUGCCGCGUCUAAGACGAUUGCAAAGCUGCUCCCAACGUCGACCGUGGUUGUCCGCCUUCUUAGGACCGUGUUGGAUAACGUGUCUACUCCAAUACUAGUAACGUUCCAAACGUUGAUCACCAACGUCUACCGCACCAUAUUGACAACGGAGAAUGUGACCACUCUCCAGGCGAUCAUCACGUUAGCCACGUUGCUGCGCCAGGUUAACCGCCCGGAGACGUUUACUCUAUUCUAUGAGGCAGCCAAUCUCAGCCAAAAACUGCUGACGGCGCGCCACAUCGUCACUCAGCAAAUGGUCACCACCUUCCUAGAAAUCACAACCGAGAGCAUCACGGAAGCAAAAACAGACAUAAUGAUAAAGCGCGAAGAGAUGCUUCAAGUGCUCGUUCAAUCUUACAAAUUACACUACGGUAAUACUUCCGAGAAGGUUAUCGCUGUUCUUGAGCAACUUGCCGAACACUAUCGCAAAGUCAAAGACAUCAAGAGGGCCGAGACUAUUAUUGCUGACAUUCAGUCCAUCACCUCGACUGAUUAUGGCUCGUCCACGGCCGGAUCGACGGGCUCUUUGGACAUUCGCCUUGUCGGCCGUGGAAAGCCGGGUUACGAGGGCGGAUACAUUCUCCGUCUUGACCUGGAAGAGGAGGACGACCUGCUGGAGACAACAGAGUCACUUGAGGUCGAGGCCCUGAUAGAGCGUGCUAAGAAAUAUAUCGAGGAAGGUCGAGUUGACCUUGCAGAGCGUCUCUACGUCGAGUACUGGCAGCGAGCGACCAGAGAAGCCCGCGUGCACUCUUCUGCGGUGUGGGAUGAGAAAAAAUUGAAAAUCAUUCUCGCCUACUCUGUAUUUCUCCGAACUGAAAAGAGGGAGCACGAAGCAUCCUCGGUCCUGACCAGUUUCUGGCAGGAUUACCAACAGACGAGUGUCUCCCUGUCCGAAUCGUCCGUGGUUCAUCUAGAGGAGAUUGCAAAGGUUAUGAAGAGUGUCAGGCUUUCCACCACUGCAUUGAGCGUUUUCAAGCAGAUUUCGGAGUACUAUCAGAGCACUCGCCGUACGGAGACGUCGAGCUACCAGCAGGUUCAACAGUUACUGCAUUCCACCUCUCAAGAGAUCAUCAAGUCUGCCACAUCUGCCUCCAUUGUUUCUGAAUCAACCUUGGAGGAGAUGAUUUUGGAAGUCUCAACCUCGUCCACCUCUAUUAACCAGACAUUCUACAGCAGCACUGAGACUUUAGCCGCCCUGUACAUCUCUCAGCGCCGCUGGCAGCAAGCUUCCCGUAUGAUCAAGCGCAUCCUACACAACACGUGGGCGUCCUUCUUCGCGGCGACACUGCAGGAUGUGACGCUACCUCAGAAACACGUGGAUUCUUCCCUUGUCCUUGCCGAGCGCCUGGCCCAGUGCUACCACUCCCGCCACCGGCUGGCCAAGGAGCAGGACACCCGGUUGCGCAUCUAUUACGCCGUCCGCUCCGGGCUCAGCGUUGAAGACAAGCUGCGCCAGCAUCACGUCUCUGAGUUGCUGCGUCUGCUGGAGAGAACGUCGCAGACUGAGCUGACCAUUAGCGUCUAUCAGGAGCUGCUGAAUGACUACGCCAAGCACUAUGGCCCUGACCAUCCAACGGUCAUUCAGACCCUGCGUACCCUCGCUGAGCUCACCAGGCCACGUCCAAUUUUCCUAGACUACUACCAACAGAUCAUUCAAGCGUUGAACAAGGAUGGGAAAUACCACCCUGAAUCGCUGGAACCCUUGGACAUCGUUGCAGCUGAGCUCUGGAAUCAAGGCCGGUACUCCGAAGCACUGCACUACUGUCACAUUCUCUACACGGCUUGGCUAAACCAUCCCAAACUCAGCCCCAAGUUUCAGGAUGAGAAAUUCGUGAAGGGAAUAUUCACCCGUUACACCCAGUGCCUCCGUGCAGUUCGCACCGAGUACUCGGCGCUCCACAAGGUUACCUUAGACUACCAGGAGAAGUGCAAAGCAGUUUUCAGCGCAACCGCAUCAGUCACCGUGCAGGCGACAUUGACUCUUGCCCAGCUGUGCCAGGAAUCGAAGCACUAUGAAGUCGAAGCAAUCCGCCUGUACGAGGAGCUUCUCAAGAUCAAUUCCAGUGAGGUUCAAUUGGACGAGAUCCGCGCCACUCUCGACUCCCUGUAUGAAGAGCAGUCAGCAAUUCUUUCCAACUCUCAACUGACAGAGUCUGCCUCGUCCACGCAAGUGGAGCAGGCGGUUCGGGUGCUGAAGAAGCGCAUCACAACGCUGCGUGAAAGCUACGGUUGGGCCCAUGAGGAGUCCCUCCUCAGGAUGAAGGAGGUUAUAAGCUUUUAUUCCAGGCAGAGCAAGACCGAGCAGGUGGUCCAAGAACUGCAGGAAGCCACAGUCCAUAUCCUCUCUUCCGAAACGUCUACCACACGUCUGAGUGAGGCGGCUGCGACAAUCGUGUCCUCGUACAUUGAGACGAAGCAGACACAGAAGGCCGUGGAGCUAACCAACGAGGUCUACCGGCAAAUCAUAAGGAAAGACACAACAAAUGUCAAGUCGUCCAAGUUUGAUCUUACCACUAAGAGCCGCCAAAGCUUGAUUUUCCUCGCCCAGCUUGAACACCACCUCUACCGCCAGACUUCCACGGUCACCGAAAUCCUUGCUUCUUUGACCACCGAGCUGGUUUACUUUGAGGAGUUCCAACAGCUGAUUCGGUCUAACAGUACCUUCUUGUCUGCCAGUGCAUCUGCUGCUCGUCUGCAUUACUUCCUGGUGGCGAAUAAACGCCAGCACGUCGCUGCCGAGAUAACUAAUGAAUUCAUUACCUACCUUUUGGCCAACGAGGGCAAGCGGGUUGGAUUCAAGUCUACAGAGGAAGUUAAAGUGUUCGUCAUGAUGGUUUUGAGCUACUUCAGCACUCGUCACUCUAAGGACAUUGUUCGCUCGAUCGGAAUUGCCAGCAACAGCCAUGUUCGCGAACUCAUUAAGUUGAACAAGUUCGAAGAGGCAUGUGAGCUUGCUCUUGCUUCCUUCAAGUAUAUUGCCGCUCAAUCGAGUUACCGCCACCCAGCCAUUGCUCGCUUCGUCCUGGCGCUCAGUAUAAACGUGUCGGGUCGCGGGCUUCACCUCAACGAAGCAACCCGCAAGCGAAUGCUUGCCGUUUCCGCCACCAUCAUCCAGGACGUCCUCAAAGUCCUCGGCGAAUUGAAGAUCAACCUCGCCCAGGUUGGCCUCGAGCAUCUGAACAGCCUCAUCGGUGUUCUUGGCGAACAGGCCGAUUACCCGACUCUCGCGGCGGUUCUCACCUCGAUCUGGCACAGCCGCGAGGCUCAGCGUGAUUGGGAUCCAUACAUCACCCUAUCCCUUGGUCGCCUCUACAUAAUGGCUCGAUACUUCGUUGGUGAUACCACCGCAGCUGUCCGCCUGGCGGAAGACAUCGUCUACAACUGUCGCCGCGUUCACGGCGCUCGCCACCCCAGCACUCUCCAGAUGUCUAUUCUGCUAUCGCAACUCUAUACUGGUAUCGGCCAGCGCUACCAGGCCCACAAGGAUGCGCAAGAGUUAGCGAACCGGUACUACAAGCGCGCUGCCGCACUCCACGAGAAUAUCCUUCGUGCGCUAAGCGACCCCACGUUCGCAGACUUGGACGGCAGCCUCGACGGCGGAAUGAGCACCGACGGCUCCGUUAUCGACCUUGACAGCGACCUUGCAAACGCCGCCCUUAGUGACGACCAAGUCCGCCAACAUUUCAGGCUGUUCAAGCUCGCCAUCCAGCGUCUCGGCGGCUGGCCGAAGGACUAUAGCGAGUACGAGCGCCUCAACGCAGACCUCUUCCGUGAGUACCCUGAUGCUCUCAAGGGCAUCGAAGGCGUCGAGAAAUGGGAUCUCAAGAGCUUUGGAGCAGGAAAGGCGGAGAGUGAUGAGGACCAGGUAGAUGUUAACUUUAGUGAUUGGAGGCUUUUCGGGGAGAGCCAGCUUGUUCACUCGGCGAACGGGGUGAAUGGAGCUGAGUAGGAGCUUUGAUUUUGUUUUCGUGUUGUGUUCAUAUCAGACUGUACUUAAUACUUACUGCGCCUAAUUGAUCCCUUGCACGUUUG